UUCUCCCUCCCACACAUUUCCUGUCCUCUUUUAAUGUCUCUUUUGUUUUCUGUUCACAGUGCAGAGGGUCAGUGGGGGCUGCAGAUGUGUGUUUCUAAUUAUCCUUCUAAUAAUCUGACUGUUUCUUGUGAACUGUGGGGCGGAGAGGGGGGUAGUGAUUUCAGAGGCCGUUGGAAAGCAGAGGCUCCUCCUGUUUGCAUCUCAAAGGACGCGAGAAUGCGACACAUCAGAUUCACAGAGGGCUUACAGACAGACCAAACCUGACCACAACCAAGAGAAGAAGAGGAGGCCUGAUAGAUGAGCGUCUGAACCACAGCUGCUGAUUUGUUGUCAUCUGAAAUCAAAGAUGGACAAAGAUGGUAAGACGUCAAAGACGUAUGUGUCCACCUUCCGAUUUGUCCUCAAGCCUCAAGCCAAGGAUCAGAAAGAGAAUGGACUGGAUGCCACUAAGAGGAAGUUAAUGGGAAACAACAAACUGGGAUUCUUAUCUGCAACAGAUGCCAGACAGGCACAAGUUCAGAAUGUGGAAGCACCUCACUUUAAAGAGCCCCUCAGGGACUGUGUCGUCUGUGAAGGAAGUGAUGCUACUUUUCAAGGGGUUAUCACAGGGAGUCAACCUCUGAGCAUUUCCUGGCUAUACAAUGGUGAGAGGCUACGUUCAAGAAACAUUUCCUUCCAAAAUGGUGCUGCCAUUCUGACCCUGAGUAAAUGUUUACCUGGAAAUGCUGGGAGGUACACCUGCAUAGCUGCGAAUCCUGCAGGAAAGCAGUCAAGCAGUGCUCUGUUACAUGUCACAGCUAUAAAGGAAAUUCCCAGAACCAGCGACUGUGAGCCACACAGUGAGGCCACAUUCAAGGCUGUGCCACAUCAAAACACUGAAUUGUUCCCGGUUUCGAAAGAGGCAAGGCAGUGCAGAGAAGAAAAGGACAAUGACAUCAGAGACGGCAAUCUUCAAGCAAAAGCACCAACCAGCAAAGGGCCUCCUGUGGAGUUUUUACACCCACCAGAGCAGGUGGAGGUUAGAGUCGGCGAGCAGGCCCGACUACACUGCGAGUUCAGGUCCAGCUCUGUCCCUGUGGCCUGCUGCUGGAUUUACAACAGGGACAUGGUGGUAGUGGGAGGACAGCGGAUGUCAGUCAGGACCACACCACAGCAUACCAGUGUAGAGAUCUUUCGGGCUGUUCCAGAGGACGCAGGCUCCUACACAGUCAUUGUACGUAACAGAGCAGGCUCGGGUCAGCACACCAUCUCCCUCAGCAUCGUAGACCGGCCCAAUCCACCAGCAUCCCAGCCUGUUGUGUCCCAGCUAUCAACACAGUCCCUGGUUCUGUCCUGGUCUGGCCCCAACUAUGAUGGCGGCACCACAAUUUUAGGUUACAUUGUGGAGGUCUUUCAGGAGGGCUUGGACAAGCCUGGAAGCUGGACUGAAUUGAGCCGCUGUAAGAACACAUCCUAUCACGUCCACUCAGGCCUGGAGCCUCUGGGGCGGUACCGCUUCCGCGUCAGAGCUUACAACUCAGCAGGAAUCAGUGAACCGAGCCACCAAUCUGAUUGUAUUAAGAUGGCAACUACCAAAGAGGAAAAGAAAGACAAGCCUGAGUCAUACGUCACAGUGACCCCUGACACCAAAAAUAAAAUCAGGGACCAUUACAAUUUGCAUGAGAAGCUGGGAGGUGGGAAAUUUGGAGACGUGUACCGGUUGACCCACAAAGAGACGGGCCAGGAGUGUGCAGGGAAGUUCUACAGAGCUCGGACCUCCAAAGAUAGGACAGCGGCUCGCAAAGAGAUUGAAAUAAUGAACAGGCUUCACCACCCAAAGCUCGUCCAGUGUCUGGCUGCAUAUGAUACUCGUUCAGAGAUGGUCAUGGUCAUGGAGUACAUCGCAGGCGGAGAGCUCUUUGAACGCAUUGUGGAUGAAAACUUUGAGCACACGGAGCCCACCAGCGCUCGCUACGUGCAGCAGAUCCUGGAGGGCAUACAGUAUGUUCACAAGCAGAAUAUCGUUCAUCUGGACCUCAAACCAGAGAACAUCGUCUGUGUGGAUACAACUGGUACUCGGAUCAAAAUCAUUGACUUUGGUUUGGCUAGAGAACUGGAGGAGGGGAAACCUCUGAUGGUGAUGCAUGGCACGCCGGAGUUUGUGGCCCCUGAAGUUAUCAAUUAUGAGCCUGUGGGCCUGGAAACUGAUAUGUGGAGCAUCGGAGUUAUCUGCUUCAUCUUGCUCAGUGGAGAAUCGCCCUUCCAAGGAAACAGCGAUGCUGAGACUUUGGUUCUUGUCACUGCUGCCUGCUACGAGUUUGACCCAGAGAGUUUUGAGGACAUCUCUGAUCAAGCUAAAGACUUUAUCGGUUCCCUGCUGAAAAAGAACCGGAGAGGCAGGUUGUCAUGUACUGAGGCCCUUGCCCAUUGCUGGAUGGCCUCUUUCACCCCUCUAAACCGUAGGCCCACCAAAUCUCUUAAUAAGGAGAAGAUGAGGCGCUUUCUGGCCAAGCGCAAGUGGAAGAAAACUGGCAAGGCUGUUUUGGCCCUAAAGCGGAUGGCUAACCUCACCAGCAGCCCAGACUCUGCUGGCAACUCUUCAGAGGAGCCAAGCUGGAGCCAGGAGGCAGAGGCGGCCAUCCGGUCACUGGAUAAGCAGCUCCAGAUUGAGCCUCACUUUCAGCAGUUCCUGAAGGACGCUACUCUCCGUCAAGGAGCAACUGCUCGGCUAGCAUGCGUCGUCAAUGGAUACCCACAGCCAGCGGUGAAGUGGCUUCACAAUGAAAAACCGAUGCCUGAAUCUUGCAGAGUGACCAUAGAGCAUCAUGAGGACGGGCUCUGUUCUCUGGUUCUGGCUGAUUUGAAGCUUUCUGACUCUGGGGUGUAUGUGUGCAAGGCCAGAAACAAGCUGGGGGAAGCGAUGUGCUCUGCCAAACUGAAAGUGCAACUGUAACAACUUUCCUUUAUUGUAAAAGGGACUGAGCUGAAUUUUUCAUUUGUCAGCAUAGGAACGGACAUCUGAAUUCACAUAAUUUCACACCAAAAAUGGGCGUGUUAUCUUGUCCAGUGGAUAAGGUUAGUACAGAUAUGAAAGUAACUAGUAGUGCAGUAGUUCCGCUACUGAUGCACAAGUUUUUUUGUACCUUCAUGUGGUUGUACUAUUAAAAAAUUUAUAUUUUGCACAUCUAAAUAUUUUUUAAAUGUAUUAAACACUGAAGAUCA